AUGCCAAACCCGACACGACAAGGGGCUGGCUCGCCUAUCACGCCUAGAGCUCGAUCACACGCCGCCCAACUAGACAAUUUCGGCCCUCAUGCGAGGCCCGCUCAAUCUUGCAGGCGCGAUUCGAGAAAUUUCGACCAGGGCGACAAGCACGACAAGCACGACAACACGGAAGCCUUGUUGACUUCAGAUACUCCCAAUCCUCGGUCAAGAGCAGUCACUGCCACCGACAACACAGGUCCCAGUGCCUUUCUCCGGUCAACGUCGUACACGGAUCCUCUCCCGCUUCUCGCCGAAACGGCCAACUCUAGGGCUCACCAGGCUGCACCUCUUACUGAGGCCAACCUUCGCCAUCUCUUGGACUCCCUUGAUAAGAAAGACGGAGGAAAGACAAGAGGCGGAAGCGGCAUCGACGGCGGCAGAAGAGUUGAGCCGCAACCUUCUACGCUCCAACAAGCCCAGGGUCCCCGAGGCCGUGUCAGUACCCAUCAUACCCGGAGUGUCAGGCCAAGUGUGUCUGUCUCUGCCUCCUUCGCCCCACCCGCAUCGUCCGCCGCAGAAGAGGUGAAUUCGGUUGGUGCAAAAUUCGAUCCGUCAUCGCCCAUGCGGAAGUCAAAAUCUCCAAAGAAACAGGACAAAGAUCGAGACAAGAAGAAAUCCUCCAAGCGCCACGAUUCCGAUACACACCCUCUCAACCUCCCUCCCGACCAACUGCGCAAAUUGACCGCCAGAAUGGCCAGAGAAGAGGCCGAGAGGCAGUCGAUGUCGGUGGACAGAGAAAUGCCAGAGGCCGAUAAUAAAGAUACCUCAGCGCCUACCCCCAACGGCACCUCGCAGCCUGCAACACCAUCGCACGAUACACCUGGGGCGUUUCCCGAUGAACCUGCGUCGAACGGCGUUAAUGGCCACACCAAGGACGAAAGAAGCCCGACCCCUCCACCGCACAAAGUUCCUCCCACACCCAAGGUAGAUCCUGAAGCCUGCAAGGCCGCAGGUAACAAGUUCUUCAAGGCAAAGGAUUAUGACCGAGCCAUUAUCGAGUAUUCCAAAGCUGUCGACGCUGACCCUUCCAAUCCCACCUACCUCUCUAAUCGAGCAGCGGCGUAUAUUUCAGCAAAUAAAUACAACCAGGCCUUGGGCGAUUCAUUACAGGCCAGCAGGUUAGAUCCGAACAACGACAAGAUUUUGCACCGACUGGCGCGGAUAUACACCUCCUUAGGCCGACCGCAAGAUGCCCUAGAUACCUACGCUAAAAUUCCCAAUGCCUCAGCAACUGAUACUGCGGCCGCUCGAAAGGCACUGCAGUCGAUUGAAUUGGCAGAGAAGCAAAUUAGUUCAGAAGAUGGCAACGGUAACAUGGCACUAUGGAGUAUUGAACAGGCAAAACAGACGCUGGGAAGAGACACACCCACCCCUCGAAGAUGGCAGAUACUAAAGGCCAAGGCGAACCUGAAAGUUGGCUCCGCCAAUGCUCUCGGUGAAGUACAGGGUAUCGCACAGGCACUCAUGCGCGAGAAUCCUAUGGAUGCAGAAGCCAUUGUCCUCGCAGCCCGGGCGUUUUACCUAAGAGACGAAAAGUCUGGAACGGGGAAGAGUGAUUAUGAACGUGCAGAGGACUUUUUCCGACAAGCAUUAUCCCUAGAUCCAGAUAAUUCCGAUGCACGACACUACCUACGGACGAUGAAAAAACUUGACCGAGCCAGGACGGCAGCCAAUGAUAUGUUUAAGCGUGGCAAGUACCAUGAUGCGGUCGAGGCUUAUGGCGAAGCACUCACCAUCGACCCGACGAACAAAGUAACUAAUGCGAAGCUCCUGGGAAAUCGAGCCCUGGCUCGAAUCAAGAUUAAGGAGUUUGACGAGGCGAAAGCAGAUUGCGACCAAGCAUUGAAGUUGGAUCCCACGUACACCAAGGCUCGACGGACGAGGGCCAAGGCAACCGGUGAAUCAGGCGACUGGGAACAAGCAGUCAAAGACUACAAGGCCCUGCUGGAGGACAAUCCGCAAGACCCAGAGCUGAACAAGGAACUGCGAAACGCCGAACUUGAACUCAAGAAAUCCAAGAGGAAGGAUUGGUACAAGAUUUUGGGUGUAGACAAGGAUGCGGGAGACAAGGAAAUCGAGCGCGCGUACAAGCGGAAAGCUGCUCUUCUUCAUCCAGACAAGACCCAAGGCGACAAGGACAAAGAAGAAGAGUUCAAGGACUGUCUUGAAGCCAAGGAAACUUUACUCGACCCACAGAAGCGACACAUGUAUGAUUCUGGAGCCGAUCUGAUGGAACCCGGUAUGGGAAUGGGCGGUGGCUUCCCUGGUGGGUUCGGAGGCAUGGGCGGCAUGGGUGGCAUGGGAGGUAUGGGUGGUAUGGGCGGCGGCGGCGUCCAGAUUGAUCCCGAGAUGUUGUUUAAUAUGAUGAACGGCGGCGGUGGCGGAGGCGGCGGCUUUAGAUUCAGCACCGGCGGUGGUGGCGGUGGCUUCUCAGGUUUUGGUUGA